AUGUUUGUAAAUUGCCCAUCGUAUGAUAGCUGUAACAUUUUUUCCACUUGCAGUCAGAUUGAUGUAUCUGGUAGCCGGAAAUCUGUUGUUAUCCAUGUUCCUUACAUAUUGAGGAAAGCUUUUCGUAAGGUUCAUGUUAAGCUUGUGAGGGAGCUUGAAAAGAAGUUCAGUGGUAAGGAUGUGAUUCUUAUUGCUACCCGGAGGAUAUUAAGGCCUCCAAAAAAAUGCUCUGCUGUUCAGAGGCCACGCAGCCGCACAUUAACUGCUGUACAUGAAGCUAUGCUAGAAGAUAUCGUCUUAUCUGCUGAGAUUGUCGGGAAGCGUAUUAGAUAUAGAAUUGAUGGAACCAAGAUAAUGAAGGUCUAUUUGGACCUAAAGGAACGGAACAACACAGAGUAUAAGCUUGAGACCUUUUUGGCAGUUUACCGGAAGCUUGCUGGAAAAGAUGUGUUUGAGUUCCCAGUCACCGAGGCAUAGAUAGAUCCUCUUUGAAGUUUUCAAUGCCUUUUCCUUGUCUGUUUUGCCCCCGAAAACUGAUUUUUGUAGUGGAGCACCUUAAAAU